CUGCUUGGAAAUAUACUAUAUAGUGGACAGAGACUGAGUGAGUCAUGAUAGAGUCUACAACUGUAUACCCUAAAUUGUAGAGUGUAUUGUAAAGCUAAGAGAAACUUUUAAUGAGAUGUAAUACAGAGAGCUUAGGAAUGCGACAAAAGUGCUGACUCAGCGGGUUGAAGGCGAAUUCGAGGCCUAACACUGUUUGCAUGGCAUGUUUCGCCGCGGUUUAAAAACGUGACUAACCUCCUCUGAAAGACAGAAGAAGAAAAUUGUAUUUGGUACGGAUGUUGGUGAAAUGGCUAAACAAGUUACGAAAGAUGCGAUUAAAAAACUAGACACGAAACUCGAAUGCUUGAUUUGCCUCGAUACUUUUAAGCAACCAAAACUCUUGCCAUGCUAUCACGUAUUUUGCAAGUCCCCAUGUCUAGAGAAACUAGUGACCAAGGAUGGACGCUCCCUCACUUGUCCCACAUGUCGACACAUUGUCCCAUUGUCAGAGAAGGGAGUGGCUGGACUGCAAUCAGACUUCCACGUCGACCACUUGUUUGAGAUACGAGAUGCAUUCGAUAAAGCUGCAGAAUCAAGCAAGACCCAAUGUGGUAAUUGCGAGGAGAGGAAAGCAACCGGAUACUGCCGAGAUUGUAGAGAUUUCUUGUGCAAUAAUUGCCAAGCAGCCCAUCAAGCGCUGAAACUGACAAGGUCUCAUCAGAUAGUGAGCCGCCAGGAAUUUCAAGAACAGGCCACAAACAUUAGCACAGCCAAGAAAACGAUCCCCACUUGUGGGAAACAUGGAAAUCAACUCAAGAUUUACUGUGACACUUGCAAGGAGCUUAUCUGCACUGACUGCACCAUCCGACUGCAUAAAGACCACAAUUACGACCUAGUGGCUGAUGUGUUCCCAAGGCACAAGGAAGACUUUGUCUCAAGUCUUAAACCUGUCAAAGAGAAGCUAGACAAAGUCCAACAAGCACUGAAGGAUUUUGAUACCCUUGCAAAAUAUAUUCACAACCAAAGAGCCACCCUUGAAGCCGAAAUUCACAAGGAGAUUGAUGAACAGCAUCUACUGUUGGAUCAGCGAAGAACUGAGCUUGUGGGAGAGCUGGAAAUGAUGACUCAGCAGAAGUUAAAAGACCUGGCCACACAAAAGGACCAGGUGGAGAUCACUCAGGUGAAACUGGCCAGCUGUCUCGAGUAUGCUGAAGUGGCUUUUGAAACAGGCACAGAAUGCGAAGUACUGGAAAUGAAAGCUCCUGCACUCAAGAGAAUUGAACAGAUAUUGACUGAAUUCGACCAAGACACUAUUCAACCGGAAAUAGAUACCAAAAUGAAAUUGAUUACAAAUGGAAAAGAACAACUAAAGAAGUCAUGCAAAUCCUAUUUAAGAAUACGUGAUGAUAAGAUACGUUAUAGUCUAAAAGGGGAAAACUUAGCCGGUGUAGAAGUAAACAUGGCAAUGGAAUUCGAACUUCAACUCAAGAAGGAGUAUCAAAACGUUGAGGUAGUUGCAGCAGUCACCCAGACCCCGAUCAAAUGUGAGAUUAUCAGGAGAGAUAAUAAGUACGAAAUCACCUACACACCCACAAACAGAGGUAAACACAAAUUGGACCUGACCAUCAAUGGCGAACACGUCAAAGGUAGUCCAUUCACUGUGGUAGCCAUGUCUCAGCCACACACACUGGGAGCACCAAGCAGAGUGAUUAGCAAUUUGAAGAGACCAUCGGGUGUCGCUAUUAGUAACAGCUGUCAUGUGAUUGUAGCAGAGCGUGGUAGUGGUCAAAUACUAAUCUACAAUGGCCUCUAUGAACAGAUUCAAGCAUUUGAUUCACGAGGUAAGGCUCCAGUGGGAGUGGCUGUUGACAAAGAUGAUAAUAUCUACAUCAGUGAUCGGGAUAAUAACAAAAUUAGAAAAUUUACCGCCAAUGGAGAUUUUCUCAAAGAAGUGGGCACUAAAGGUGACCAGAGGCUUCAGUUCAACAAACCAAGCGGAAUAGGCUACGACAAAACUAAUGACAAGAUAUAUGUUGGUGACCAGUAUAACAAUCGAAUUCAAGUAUUGAACCCUGACCUAACGUUCCACAGUACCAUCAGCGAUAAUGAAUUUAAAAACCCUCUCGAUGUAUCAUUUGACCGUACUGGCAAUGCGUAUGUAGUUAAUUGGGCUAGCCACACUGUGAAGGUGUUUCAAAAGAACGGAAAGUUGCCGAGAACAUUUGGAACAUACGGUAGUGGUCCUGGACAAUUAAGUAACCCAGCCGCUAUAGCUGUCAGCAAUACAGACACGGUGUAUGUUGUUGAGAUGUACGGACAUCGUAUCUCGGUAUUCAAAACAAAUGGAGAGUUCAUUUGUUCUUUUGGCAAUAAGGGGAAGAAAGGAGGACAAUUCAAUGAUCCAACUGGAAUAGCUAUCGACGAUUACGGAAACAUUGUAGUUGCAGAUCGAGGAAAUGAACGACUUCAAGUAUUUUAAUCGCAAUCAAACUCACAACAAGAAAACUCACAACAAGAACAUCAUUAUAUUCACAAGGUUAAUUGUUAGCAGAAUAAUUACAAUACAUGUUAAUUAAUAGAGUAUACCAGCACGUAUCGUAUAUUUAAUUAUUAUUACAGUAACAAUUGACAGUUAAGAAUAAGUUAAAUGUAUUAUACGUAAUUGUAAAUGUAUCGGUUCUAAAUUUUUGGG